CCUGGACAAGGAUUCAUAAUAUUAACUGGACUGUUGUGGAACACUCGGCUUUUCUUGUUUAUCAAGCCGGUCUAUGAACGCCUAUUCUGUCUUGCCAGUCUCGUCGCCUCAUUGAAAUGGUGUGGUCAGUCAGCACCUAAUUGACGAGCUGUAAUAUUGGGAAGCCAAUCGCAACGAUACCUAGGUACCUACGAGGUUGUCUCCAUUGGCAUGUCUACGAUUGGUCUUACUGCUGACCACCCAUUCAAGAUAAUAACCUGCAAAUUUACACAACAAUAGUUAAUAACAUGGACGCCUGAUCCUGGGGUGGUUGAAUAUCGAACUUCUUUUUGAAGAUAUCAGGGGUUGUCAUGGCGUCCAUCCGUUCGCGCUCGGAAUCCCGGACGAGGUCAGGUGAUGAAUCACGGUCAAAGAGAAGGGGAGGGGUAAUGGAGACAUCGAGACAAGAAUUCUCGCCGGCGUUAAGUCAAAUCGCCCGGAAAGAGGCUGAUAAUGCCCGCCUUGGGUCUUCGUCAAUUCCUCAGCCUAGGAUGCAGCAGAGUCGAAUACCUCAAAAUGCUUCUGUUCGAAAGCUGCCCGGCCAGAAGACUUUGGCGAGACCUCCUUUAACUCACGAAACGCAGUCUUGGUCGACAAGUACCGGGCAGUCGUCCGCACGUGUACCGAAACCUUCCACAUCGGCUGCACGUGGACAACCCGACCCGAGCCAACCUUCCCGUGUUGCCUUGCUUCGGAAACCACCAAGCCUAUCCCAGGAACCGCCAAGUAUGCUGAACCAGUCCCGUUCAAAUUCAGGGAGAACGGGUUCAUCCUCUUCAAUCCCAAAGUCACAGACGUCUAUGGAUUCCAGCGUUCCUUACACGGAUCGGAGCAUCACCGCUAGCCCCGUUGAGAUCCGAACAGCGCAGAAAUUUGAAUUGCCCCGAACGGCUAUACAACCCUCUAUGGUAUAUCCGGAGCUGGAUCGCUAUCGAGAUAUUGAAAUCCCCAUUUCGAGAGAAGGUCCAAGUAUAGAUCUACCAUUUAAGCUCGCAACGGAGAACUUGCCACCGCCAACGCCACUCUUCUCCGGCGGGAGCAGUCACAGUCAACUAAGCACCUUCAGUGCUAGUCCUUCUACUAGGUUUUCCGAGUCACCGGGUCCCGGACCUUAUAGCCGAGACACGACCCCGACCUCAAUGUCGUCACAAUCCCCCGGGCUAAUCGUACCGCAUCGCCUUCCUAUUUCUAGAGCGAGGCAAGCAAGUCCGGCUGAAACCAGACCACCUGUAACCCGGAGAAGAGCCGGCAGCAUACCAAAUGAAGAAGAAGCUUUUGGCACCGACUCGCAUGGCCUUGCAGCAGUCCGAGAAGUAUUAACAUCGUCAUCGUCGAAUUCGACGGUACGGCCCGAUGACAGGAAGGAGAAGAAAGUACGUAGAGGACCAACUCCCGCACUGAACCCGCCUCCCAGGAAAUCGUCCCAAAAGUUCAACAGAGAAAAAGUGGAAGUCGAACCCCUAUCUAAAGUUCCUCGGAUACCUACACGAUCGUCCUUGAGAUCACCGUCCCCAGCAAAAGUAUCUGAUUCGGCUCAGGAUAGAGCUCGGAGAACUGCACCUACGUCGAGAAUUCGACCAGCACCGCCCUCAAGGCCCAGUAGAGAUAGAACACCUGACCUUUACUCUCAAUUCGGUGGCCCAAUGCCUAUAAUUCAGAGUAAUCUAUCUUCAACAAGCCUCGCGGACAAACGUUAUAGUGGCCAAAUAAUACCUAGUUCCUUACCGCGAUCAACGACGCCAUCUACCCAGGAACGCUCAAUUUCAUCAAAAGCCCCGGUUUCUCGGGAACCUACUCCAGCACCACGACCAGGUGUUUCAAAAGCGGCUCAACCAAGCCAAGUAGAAAGGGGCAAAACCACUAGGACACCUAGCCCGGCCACGACGUUCAAAACACGAUUCCCCCUCUUCGGGCGACGAACUAAGACGGCCCCAGAAGUACCACAGGUGGAAAAGAAAGAGAAACCUACUCGAAAAGGUCCAGCGGCUGGAACAGGCCACGAAGGGUAUGGCAGAAUCGGUGCAAUUAGAAGACGUAGCGGGAUGCCAGGCCCGAUCUCUCCCCUGGACAGCCUCGCAAGCCCUCAAUCAACCGACCAGUUCUUAUUGGAACGAAUGAAUCCCGUGAUAAUUUCCGGUGGUGAAAUUGUGGAUAACCAAAAUACGAGCUUCGAGUUAACAAGAACGGAAAGCAGCCAGAGCGUCGUUUCAAGUCGCCCAGGCAUUGGUUCUCGCAACAACUCGUUUAUUUCGGUAUCCUCGAGAGAGGAAACGCGACAAACGCUAUGGCCUUCAGCGUUUCCUCGACCGUCAAUUCAAACUCGUCGCCCGUCUGAGAGUAGCGAUUCGGAAGCGGGUGUGAUGGGGCCAACCAUUGCGUUUCGAAGGUCAAUUCAGCGGCUCCAAUCCCCCAGCCGCGCCCCUUUGAACCUACCAAAGCCCAUCAUCACUACACAGACGACGUCUCCAUCAGUAGGAAGCGUAGAUACGAGCACAUUUACCGACGACUCGCAAUUAGAAUCACGACCGGAUGCUAGUCGUGCGAAGGCCGAACUAAAGGCCGCACCAAAAAAGCUAACAAAACGUGCUAAAUCACCUCGUAAAUGGAAUCUAUUCAGUAGAUCCCAAAGUCAGCCUUCGAAGGACCGCAAGAAAGUCGAGGCGAGUGUGUCAGCAGCAGUGAAACCUACGAAGGGUAAAUCGGUCGCAUUUUACACCAUGAUGGAUUCUUCUGAACAAGACGAAACCGAGGACCAAGAUGUUUGCGAUAUUUUGAGGGAGGCCGAGGUAUUGGUUCCGUUCAUGCCUACCGGCGAACAUGGUCGAAAUUUGUCCGAGAGCAGCCAGUCAUUACUAGAAAUACCGCCCAGUCAUCAACUGCAAACGGAGAAAAUUACCCCAGAACCAAUGAAACGAAAUCCGCCUAAUGCCAAAGAAUCGCAGAGAUCUUCGAUGUCGAAGUCGCGGAACGUAACUCCCAGCACUCCAUCUUCCGCUACCCCGAAAGCCCGCCCAAGCAGGCUUCCUCAAGUUGGUAGGAUACCUAAAGUUGUCACUACUCGCCCCGAACAGACAUCUCCUAAGAGUUUCUCCCGUCCUUUCCAUCGAGUCAGCCUGCGAAUACCACCUCCCGACCUAAGCCGAGUCGACAGAGGCUCAGUUGCGAAAGGGCCAAGUCCGCCUAGACCCUGGUAUCCGGAACAGACUCGAGAAGAGCCAGCAGAAACCUCUAUCGAACAGGAACCGCCUAGUGGAGACACACCUCUUGGGCUAGGGUUUGGGAAUGAGUUUCUUUCCUUCCCGCCCCCAAAAGAUUCAGAGCGCACGACAAGUUCUGGAUCCGGCAGCUCGGAAUUAAUAAAUGUAUCCAACCAUACAGCGUUACCCCCGGCACCGAAUGCCCCACUUACCGAGGAUGAAAUCUGGGAUGAAUAUAACGACUUUUUGGGCGACACUCCGCCGUCGGCGACUUCUUCUCGUGGCACCCCUUUCCAUCUGGAAACUUACGAGUCAAAGCUUGCGAAGAAAUUAGGUCGGGUACCCGAAUCGCCUACCAUCGUAACCCAUCAUGCCAGGGACAUUCGUGACUCUAUCGAGACCGGAAAGGCUGCUACAUCGUCAAGUCAUUAUAGCGCUGAUAUGACGGCUAGAAUAAACGCUGCCUUUAGAUUCGGCUCUGAUCAGCCAGCUACGCCCUUCUCGGUCUCCGAGUUUGUAUCCGGAUAUGGCGAUCAUGACAAUAGCAACGUUCAACUGACCAACGCCUCCGCUUCCAUAAAACGAGACAGUUCGUCCUCUAACAAAAGUGCCAAGACUAAACGAAGUUCCAGCAGCAGCCGUAAUAGUGAAGUUUCGCCUCUUUCCCAAGUCAACCUUCGGGUCGGCUCAAUGACAGUUAGCAAGUGGCUCUCGUUUGGCCAUGUACUAUUCAGUCCAGUCCGUGAGGACCUCAUCAACGACGAUGGUUCAAAACGCCAAUCAAUACUUGUCAUUGAUGGAUUGGGCAACGAUGACUGGUCCUUUUAUGCAGCGGAGACGUAUCCCAAUGCAACAUUUUUCAACUUGUCUCCCCGUGCACCUUUAACGCCAGAGCAGCGGUCGACCCCCUCAUUUCCUCUCUCGCCGCCCAACCACCACCAGAUCCAAUUCGCUUCGCACAUGGAUAAAUUUCCCUUUGGUCCAGACAGUUUCACAGCAGUUGUAUUCCGGUUCCCUUCUGCGGCGCCGGAAACUCAUUAUCGGAAUAUUAUUUCCGAAGCGCGCCGCGUUCUGAAGCCCGGUGGAUAUAUUGAGUUGUCUAUCCUUGACGUGGACUUGAACAAUAUGGGAACCCGUUCUCGACGUGCCGUACGCCGCCUCAAGGAGCAAGUCAACGCGCGCAAUCCUGACUACAGCCUCAGCAGUACAGCGGACCUCAUCCUCCGCCUCCUCGGCAAACGAGGGUUUACUGACGUCAAGAAAUGUCGCGUCGGCGUGCCUGUUGCGAGUGCGAUAACUAGUUCUUCUAGUGCUAAGGGGAAGAAGAAGGACGAAAGGAGCUUGGCAGAGAUGAUGAAUGACAAGACCGAAAUGGGCGACGAAAAUAUCACGAAUAUGGUUUCGAGAGUCGGACGAUGGUGGUACAACAAAUGUUACGAGACUUCGACCGGGAAGUCUACUAGCAUUUGGAAUGAUAAAUCUUUGCUGGCUGAAUGUGAGGAGUGGGGAACGAGCCUCAAACUCAUGGUAUGCCACGCUAGGAAACCUGAAGUAGGAGGACGAGUUGCAAGCAUAUGAUGUGGUCCUUGCAUAUAAUGGUCUGGCCUAGGCGCCCCGAAUCUUUAUUCACGAUAUUUCCGACAACUCCUCCCUGGAAAAUCGAAUUUCUAUCUACCUACUAACGAAUAUUCUUUAUGAUCAACCGACCAACAUUUACAACAAUAACACAUUCCCGAAGUUAGACAUCGCCUUGUCGCUUCCUUCAGCAUUACGUCACAAGCAAUAUUACAGAAGCA